GACAGAAAGACACAGGAAAAGACCGAGACCACAUAGAAAGACAGAUUUAAAAGAGAGAAAAGGGAGGGAGACAGGGGAGGGAGGUAAAUAUGUGACAGGAUGUGGUUUCCCUGAGCUUGCAGAACAUCGGUACACAGGCAUACUUUGAGCAUGACCUAAACACACCGAGCUUACAAGUGUGUUUUAGCUCCGUUUGCUGGCGAGGGGGAAGAAGAAGAAAACCGAUGGAAUUGCUGCUGCUGUGCCUGUAGACACUCUGGUUUGUCUGCUGUGUGCCGGAGGAUUGUGUUUCCUUAAAGCCAUUCAGCUCCACAGCAGUCAGCUCAUCUGACAGGAUCUGAACCAAUUCUCCCUCCAAGUAGAAUGCGUUUCUCUGCUGGAAGCUCUCCUCAAGUUGCUGUCUUCGUUCCCAAGCAGUGAACUUUUCAACAAGAUUUGUGAAACAGGGUCCGUGCAGAGAGAGACACACACAGUGGAGUCAUGGGCUGCGGACUGCGAAAGAUGAAGCCAAUGUCGGAGGAGAACAGUCCUGGGAAGAUUUAUUCCACACUGAAGAGACCACAGGUGGAGACUAAGGUGGGCGUGGCCUAUACCUACCGCUACCUGGACUUCCUCAUUGGUAAAGACGGUGGGACGUCCACACUUCGUCUUUCUUCGGUGAGGGAGUUGCCAGGUCAGCUGCAGGAGCUUUACCAGCAGGGCUUUGUUCUUGCAUCCGUUCACCCGUUCAUCCACCCCUGUGGUCCAGAGUCCAACAGCCCCCAGCACCAGCUCUACAGGGCCAUACUGAUACGACUCAACGACGGGGUGGAAAGGAGCCAGCCUGUCUGCCCACCAUACAAACUACAGCUGGAAGAGUGUCUAUCCGCGGAGCAGGUGCCCACCCCAGAGCUCAUCCAGGGCUACGUCAAGAAGCAGAUCCAUGAUGCUGCUGACCAAGGGGUGAUGUUCGUAGGAUUUGUCCAGGAACCGUAUGGGGCCCCAUGUACCAGGAUCCGAGAACCAGACACCCCGUCCCUUUCCCUGCACUCAAGCCCCAGCUCUGUGCUCGGUUCCCUGGGCAGCCGCAGCCUUUCAAACCCCUCAAGCCCCAGAAACCACACAGCACCUGGAGCUCAAGCUGACAAAGAGGGAAAUGAGGAGGCUUCAUGCAAAGCUGUGGAAGGAGCUCCAAGUGGGGAGAAGAUUCAAAGUGACAACACUCGGAACCAUUCAGGGAGCGGGGUGGAGGGCAGUCAGGGCGAGGUCUCCUCUGUGGCGUCUCCAGUAUCAGAGGGAGAUCUGGAGCACAGUGAGGAGCUGACGGUGGAGGAGUCGCCGUGUCACAAUAAUAACCAAGAUGCUGUCAGAGAAGCAAAGGAGCGGCUGAGAUAUCGCCAACGGAGAGGCAAUGGGGUGGAACUGCUGGCUCUGUAUAACCACCCGCCGGUCAGAGAGGGCCAGCUGAAGUACUACACUGUCAAGGUGCCACUGCGGGUGCAAAACUGUGAUGAGGGGAUCAAAGGCGUGGAGGCGAACUGGCUGGACCACAUGACGCAGCACUUCAACAAUGGAGCCUCACUGGUCGAUGGAUACUUCCACCUGGGCAAUACAAAUGAUAUGCUGCCUAAGGCUGUGGAAAGUGUCUUCAUUUUCCAGGAGGCGAGCGAGAGCGAACCAAACUCGACCACCCAGACAUUCGAUGCCAUCGUGGUGGAGCAGUGGACCGUCAUUAACGGUUUGCAGGUGAAGGCAGAUUAUGUUCCUCUGCUACAGUCCCUGGCCUCGUAUGGAUGGAGGCUCACCUGUGUGCUGCCAACUCCUGUUAUCAAGACCAACAGUGAUGGAAGUCUGUCCACCAAACAGAUCGUGUUUCUGCAGAGACCCGUCUUGGGCCGAAAGAGGAGGGAACCCAAGAAAUUGAUCUUCAAGCCUCGAAGCAAGUCCAACAAGAACUGCAUCAAAGAAACAGCAAAGAAUAAGAAGAAGAAGAAAACUAAAACCGAAAAAGAUGCAGAGGAUCCCAAGAUACUUGAUAACACAGAAAAUGUGGAGAAAGAGGAACAAAGCAGUAGGGAGGAAACAGAGAACGCAGCAGAUGUAGAGGCAGCAAGAGAAAGCGAGACAUCGAAAGAAAGGGAGGUGAGGAUUGAGGAAGAUGAAAUGAUCGAUGGGAUUGAAAUCAGCAUAGAGACUUUUGAAAACAAAGCUGGAGGAGCAGAGACAGAGGACAAAGAUGGACAAAACAUCACAGAAGAAGAGGGAGAAGAAAAAAUAGCACUGGAUGGAGAGGGAUCAAAUGAGAAGGGAGAGCCUUUAGAAGAGAGAGAGAUCCAUGAAGUGACGGAAAGCGUUGCGACUGUUGAAACAAAGAGCGAGACCAAAGAAAAGGUGGAUGCGAGCGUAGCAGAAGUUGUGAUUGAAAAUGGGGUGGAGACGGAUGAGGAGAAAGACGAGGGCCAAGAGAUAGUGAUGAAACAUAAGACAGAGGAACCAGCAGGCAUGGAUGUCAUUGCCAAGGAAAUUGUGGCAGAUUCAAUGGCCACACCAUCUAAUCAAAGCUCAGAGGAGACUCAAGAGUAGCCCCAAGUAGUCCAAGUCAAGGUUUUUCCCCACCCUACCUCUUAACUUCUACAUCUUAAGGACUGGUUCACAGUGUUGUCCCUGAUCCAUGUAAAAGGGGCUUCGAUCCCCAUCGCUGCAUCAUUCUCCAAACCAUCUUUAUUAGACAAUUCCCCGCAACCUGCCAUAGUGUAGCUACAGAGCAGAUAUCAGCUCUACUGUAUAACCACACAUACUGAAUGUACAUAAUACAGGAGAUGUUGGUGCAGUAUAGUGAACGUAGAGUCAAUGUAAUACCUAGCAGAAGAAUCAACAGUUUGAUCAGUUUUGACACGUUUUCCUGCAACCAAAGAAAAAUGAGAAAUUGUUUAAAUGCCUGGUCGCAUCAGAAUCUGAAAAAGCAAAAUGGAUUUCCUUUCAAUGAAAUCACGUUUAGCUAGUUGGUUUGUUUGUCAAGAAGAACAACAAAUUGUUGGAUUUAUCCCCUUCAACACAAUGUUGACCAAUAGUAAGCUCUCCUAACACUGUUCAACUUUAAGGGAACAGAGACUUGGAGACUAUAAAUAAAUAAUAAAAGAAAGAAAAGAGCAGUCAGAUCAAAAAAAAAAGAUAGGAGAGUUAUUGAAACGUAUAUUAGUCCUGCCAGUAGUCCUACAGACCCACACAUUUUGCAAAGUUAUGUGGAUAAAUUAGACUGACACUUUCUGAUGUGGCCAGCGCUUGAGGGGAGUAGGGAAAGUUACAUGAUUCUCAUUGUUAUGUAAAAUGCAGAGUUGGACACAGACCGGUCUAAUAAAGGGUUUAAUAUACAAACCUAAAGAAGAUCAAUGAUUGUGGAUAGAGAAAAGUUCUCUGGCAGUAAAACAUAAAGUCAAAUAGUUGUACAAAGAUAUAGCACCUGUUACAAGAGGUACAUGUACUGAGCAGCUUUCUCGCAGUUUGUGAAGAAAAGUCAGCUCCGAAAUCUAUGAGACAGAAUAUUGACAGGUCACAAAGUCCCAAAUCCACAGGACUGACCGUUUGAAAGAAGGUCUGCUCAGAAAAGCAUCCUUAUGCAACCAUAUACUGCACCACCAUUUCCAUUUCCUUAGUUCUGUGCAGCAUAGUAAGUUGUUGGAGGGAACUUGUAGGAGAGCGCUGGUAGAGGUGAUGGGAAAGGCAUUUGUUGCGAAAGGCAAUCCAAAGUAGGGUGAAGAGAUAAUUGUUUACGCUAAGCUCAAAGCCGUCAAGUGCUUCAAAGAGAGCCGAUAAUCACUCUUUGGUGUGGUGCGCUAAGCUCACCUUGCAUACAGAAUGUUCCAUAUUCAACGCCGAGUCAGAUAAGGAUGUGAAAUUCAGCUGAAUGUUUGCAGCUCGGGGGCAGAACUCAUAUUUUGAUGCACCUAGUUGGCUUUCAUAUACAGGAAGUUGCAUUUGUUACAUUACAUUUCCAGCCAAUGACCACAAACAAAAGCUCUUGUCAGUAGGGAGACAUGGUUCAAAUGUUUGGUCAGCACAGAGCAUAGCCUUGUUGUUCACUGAGACCAAAACUGAAGAUUGAGAGGGAAAUUGAGACAGACGUUGAGAGCCUAAUAUAAAGACCUGAGUAUAAGAGAGUCAAAUAAAAGAAAUGUAUAGGCUCAUCUAAAGUAACGGCUGUUUGCGUUCCACAUUCCCCGUUGAGAUUUCCUUUAUUAUUUUCACCCCCAACUCUUUAAGCACCUCUUUCCAGACAUAAUUUCUGACAAUAACCAAGUCAUAAUGUGCUGUUUCAUGGCAUCGUGUAGCUUUCCAUUUUAAAAAGAGGAUGGGGCGAUGUGAAAAGGAGGGAGGAAGGUGUGGCGCAGAGCUCUCAUUAGCUCACUAAUGGAUUUAGUCAGUGGGGUAUCUAUCAGGAAUCAUGAAUUUAUAAUUGAGGUCACUUAUUGGGGGAUGUAUUGACAGCAAAACACCUCAACAUGUCAAACAAAUAGCCUUCAGAUUUAAUGGUGAUGUCAUAGGGAAUCAUUUGCACUGAAGGGGAGGAAUUUUUGUUAAAAAAUGUCAAAUUUUGCAAAGAAAUUACACACUUUAACUACCUGCUGUCCAGCUUCACACAGACUAUAUUUGUCAUCAUUUGGAUUUUUUGUCUUAUGAGAAGAGUUGAUACUUCGGACAAGAAAAAUGUCUCCCUUUUGGAGAUAAAACUCUUCAAUUACACACAAGUAAGAUUGAUUACGCUGAAUAAGUGCUCUCUUCAAUAAAUCCAACCGCCGCUGAGAUUUUCUUCAAUGUAAAAUGGCAAGUGAUUUUGUGUAGAAUAGAAUAUAAAAACUGUGACCAGCUUAGCCUUAUUACUACACUGUAAAUGCCCCACAAUCUGCUUUUUAGAUAUGUCUUUUAGAGGCACAAUGGUGACUUAAGUGUUAUAUGUUGGUUAUAGUCAAACAGGAAAGAUUUGCUACCGUCAGUGUUGGUAUUUUGAAGCCGUUGUUCCCUCUUUUAUUACUGGAAUUCAGAAUGAGGGGAUAAAAGAUUUGAAGUGUUUGUCUAUAUGAAGGUAAUAUGUUUUGGAGUUAUUUUUAAGAUGUUUUGAACUCUUUUUUAUAAUUGUGAAUGUUCUUUUUUGAGUCUAGAGAUUUUAUUGUAGGCUUUGUGUUGCCUCUGCUGUUGCGCUAAAGCUUGCUAAAAUGUAUUACUGGCUGACGCUCUGAGCUACCUCCUGAGGGCUGUGGUUUGUGUUAAAACCAAGGGGUCGCCGUGUGCGUAACCCACAGAAACAUAUGCUCCUUGUCCUCUCGCCCUCCACUAUGACGGAGUCCAGACCCAUGAGUGAGAUCGCUAAUAGCAGCAAAGUCAAGGGCCAUAUGUGAGCCAGAAUGGAUCUUUCCACAUCUGUACACAGGAGUUUGCACGAACACAUGACAAAUAACCACUCUGAUAAUAUUGAAAUAUAUCAAGUCAUACUAUAAUAUCCUCUGUGGUAUUUUUCUUUUCUUUUUUACUUAAUUCUCCAAGCUGCUUUUAGCUUUCGGCUGUUUCAGCUUUAAUACGCACUUAUUGUAUUCAAGAAAAUAUGUUAUGCUCCCUCUUGCAACAGAGCUAAUGGGGAGCAAAUAAGACUCAGCUCAAAUUGUGACAAAAAUGAAUUAUGAAAGGCAAUACCAAAAGACGCCUUUUGAUAGCUGUCGAGAUCAUUAUGAAUAACAUUAUCUUAGAAAUAUCCCCAGUGAAUCCUGGUCAACUUAUUCUAUCAGAUUUAAUACAUUUCUUCAUUUCGCCCAGCGUCAAGAUAGACAUUUUUACUGUCAUCUAUCUGUUUUAAAGAUAUGAAUUACUUUCAGUAUUCUCGCCUUGCCACUUUAUUUUUUCAAAUCGUAAAACUGUGACAUGUAUUCCCCUUUGGUAUUCGGUGAAAACAGACAAAUCAUAUUCCACUUCAUCUACAAGAACAGGGUUUGGAAAAUCAGUUAAGCGGCGAGGUGAUCUCAUGUGACAUGACUGUGUUUUUAACUCCCACGACAUUCCGGUUGGACAUCCGAAAACACGGAUGAUCGUAACCUUGACAAAAGUUACAACCGAUCCUGUAUCCGCCUGUCCUACCUGAGGCUGCAGCCUUCAGGGCCCCUUGUCUGCCUGAUAAGGGCUGAUUGGUGGCAGUUCAGUCUAACCUCUGACAUGAGUACACUCCAGGGACUGUGGGUAAUAGUGAUUUUUUUUUCUUGGUAUAGAGGAAAACACAGAUAGGGAGAGAAAAGCGAGGCAGGAUCUUACACUCCAUCAGUUAAAUGAUGCUGAACCAUGUUAAAGUUGGCCGUCCGUGAAAAGAGGGAGACCUUUGACUAAUGUUAGACUUUAAAAUACAUUUGCAGCUCUCUGCCCAUUUGUGUAAAAGAAAAAAAAAAGUGAUAUACAGUUUCCUGUCUUCUAUCAGCAUAAUUGUCUCUGAGCCUCAAUAGUGCCGCGGGUGCAAUCGUUCUUGGUAACGCUGUUUAGAAAAAAUACAACGUAAUGGUUCAUUUCCUGUGUGCUACUAUGAUGUGAAAAUGGCAAAGUAGAAAUGACAGAACAUGAUACAAUAGGAUGCCGUCAUUUUUUUCCCUGUGUUGUCACGUUAGCUUGCUCACAGCCUCUGGAAAAUGUAUUCUUAGGUUUUUGUCUCUGAUGUGUUUUUAUCACCUCGCUGCCAUCUUGAAUGUUGAGUAUCUUUGAUCAUGUGCUGUUGUCACUUGCAUAGCAGUGUUUGCUAUCAAGGAAGAAAAAAGUAUUCUUUAUCUUUGCUAUCCUGAGUAUGUCCACAUUCCUAUUGUUCAUGACAUCUGUACAAUUUGUAUAUUAUAAAAUGAUUUAUAUUUAA